AGAAGAAAAAAAGAGGGGGGGAGGGUGGUGGGGGUUUCUUCAGGGGCUUUCGCUCUGCGCUGCUCAGGAUCACUGUGGGUUUUUGCAGACAUGGAGGCAGAUGGGAGCCAAGCUACCUCUGGAAGCCCAAACGACUCCCAACACGACCCUGGUAAAAUGUUUAUUGGAGGCCUGAGCUGGCAAACCUCACCAGAUAGCCUUAGAGACUAUUUUAGCAAAUUUGGAGAAAUUAGAGAAUGUAUGGUCAUGAGGGACCCUACCACAAAACGUUCCAGAGGCUUCGGUUUCGUUACGUUUGCUGAUCCGGCAAGUGUAGAUAAAGUAUUAGCUCAGCCCCAUCAUGAAUUAGAUUCCAAGACGAUUGACCCUAAAGUUGCAUUUCCCCGACGAGCACAGCCUAAGAUGGUCACAAGAACAAAGAAAAUAUUUGUAGGUGGAUUAUCUGCUAAUACAGUAGUGGAAGAUGUAAAGCAAUACUUCGAACAAUUUGGCAAGGUAGAGGAUGCCAUGCUUAUGUUUGACAAGACUACCAACAGGCAUAGAGGAUUUGGCUUCGUAACUUUUGAAAAUGAAGACGUGGUGGAAAAAGUCUGUGAGAUUCAUUUUCAUGAAAUCAAUAAUAAAAUGGUAGAAUGUAAGAAAGCACAACCUAAAGAAGUGAUGUUUCCACCAGGGACAAGAGGAAGGGCACGAGGAUUACCAUAUACCAUGGACGCUUUUAUGCUAGGGAUGGGAAUGUUGGGUUACCCGAAUUUUGUUGCGACAUAUGGCAGAGGAUAUCCUGGAUUUGCCCCAAGUUACAGCUAUCAGUUCCCAGAAGCGCCCCUUUGCGUGCAUGGAGGUGGGGUUCUGAGCAUGGAAACAGGUUUUCCGGCAGCGGCCUAUGGACCAGUAGCAGCAGCAGCGGUGGCAGCAGCGAGAGGAUCAGGGAUCCCCGAUUAUGGUUUCUAUUCUUCGCCCGGUGACCAACGGGCCCCGUUAUCGUACGCGGACUAUGGUUCCAUGGGGCCUCGAGUGGCUCAGAUGCUUCGUAGUGAGCACGCUGCUUCAGCGAGUAACUCCCCCCUCCACCACCUUCCCAGCCCGGAUCAGUUUAAGAGCCCAGUCUUGAAUAGCUACAGUGCUCAACCGAAUUUUGGCGCACCCGCUUCCCCGGCAGGCUCCAAUCCAGCCCGGCCAGGAGGAUUUCCAGGGGCUAACAGCCCAGGGCCAGUUGCAGACCUCUACGGUACAGCCAGUCAGGACUCCGGUGUUGGUAAUUACAUAAGUGCUGCCAGUCCUCAGCCAGGCUCUGGCUUUGGCCACGGAAUCGCUGGACCUUUGAUUGCAACGGCUUUUACAAAUGGAUACCAUUGAAACGUUACACAUGGUUGGUUGCCAUCUCACUUUGAGAGAAUAUCUGGAUGUCCAGGCAAGACAGGGCGAAGUUUCUGAAUGGUCCCAUGUUCAGGUGAUAUCAUCAGACUUUGAGCACUACAUCAUCACCAAUAACAUAAAUAAACUGGAGGUGGCACUCUAUGGACUUAGGUUGUUUAAAAUCUCUCUCAUCAUCUCAUGAAUCUGCUGUACUAUAAAAACAGCUUUUAAAAUAUGUAUAUAUAAUCCAUUUCUCUUUUGUUUUAUUUUCUUGAUGGGUUCCCCCCCCUCUUAAAUCUAUUUGAAUCACAUUUUUUCAACGCAUUUGACAUACUCUCGUAGUCGUGUAGUUCUAAUUUGUGUAUCUAGUAAAAGCCUAACCAUAGUGUAACUGUUUAUAUUAAGGGGUUUUCUUUUCUUUUUUCCUUCCUUUUUACUUUUGUUUUAUGUAGUUGUUGCUUAAAGGAUGCUGAGAUGAUAACAUGAGUCUCAGUCUUUUGGUACCAAUUCUGAAACUGUAAAAACUUUUCAGGUGGAAUUUUAGCACACACUGAAUUAGAAGUAGAGCAAGAGCAGCGGGUGAGCUGAAGUCAAGUUUUUAGUUUGCGUUGUAUGGGAGCUGAGAGGGUAGCUGAAUAGCAGGAUCUCUAGCCGUUCUUUUGAUUUGUGACGUCUUUGUUAACCUAAUUAUAUCUAUUUUCGGCAAUAAGGUAAGGACUGCAAAAUUUUUUGUGUCCUUCUUUUUCUAUAAGUGCUUUUUUUGGUUGAAAGAGGUGAUAUAAGGUUUUUUGAAAUUGUGAAUUCUGAAAAAAAAACUGUAAAUACAAUUCCAUUAACUACAUAUAAACUAUUAAGAAAGAGAAAUACAAAAUAUUUUUGUGAUGGAGUCAGUCUAAGGCAGUUUCUCUACUAAAUGGAAGAAAAAAAGUUUUAAACGUUUAGAUCAACUGCCAGAGCUGGCCCAUGAGAGUUAGAUUAACACUGUUUAGCUUGCUCUGUAGGUGUGUUAGACCUUAUAACUGUACUAGCGUCAUACCAGCAUAUUAACUAGUCAUAUGUGCACAGCUUAAAAGGUAACAGUUUAGUUAUAUUUUUUAAUUUAAGAACGGCUUUUUCCCAAGACUGAAAAAGAAGCUACAAUUUUAAUAUUUAAAGUAUUUAAAGUUUGAAGCACACCUUUAUUAGUCAUUAUUUUAAAUUAGAUCAACUUGCUGUCCAGUCAUUUCAGCUGCUCUGCAUGUCCUAUAAAGCUCUGACAGAGAAGAGAUUCCUCUUCAGUGUCGAACAUGCCAUAGGAGGAGCAGUGUUAAAGCUUGCAUUAUACCUUUUAUCCAUUAUUUUCUAUAUUAACAAAUUAGGAAAGCAACCUUUUUAUUGUUUGUUUGUUUGGAAUACCUCAGUGCUACAAGUAUCACCCUAGAAGCGACAGAAGAUUUUAAUUUAUUGUAGAUGUAAACAGAAUUAAAAAAUAUAAAAAAGUAUAAAACAUCAUUGCACUGUGACUGGUAGGGGGAAAAACUGACAGUUUCCUAUUUGCACAUGUUUAAUAUUUGGCUGUUAUAUAUAUGGUCCUCUGUUGGGGGAGGAAACUUAUGAAGGAUAUUUUUUAAUUUAAUUUUUUUAAUAUUGGUAAAUAGGCCUGCAACAGCAAAAUAGAAGUACAACAUGGUAGGUGGCAUUAAGAACAUACUGUAGUAUGGAUAUAUUUCUUCUUUUUUUAACGUAAUAUUGACAAGUUUUAUUAAUAUUUUUUUAAAUUGUUACGUUUAUAAAUUUGGUACUUUAGGUACAGCCAGUAUAAGACACUGAAUGCGACAUUUGUUAAAAAGAGCUGCUGCACUCCUAUUUUUGUAAAUUUUACUAACAAGUAGACUAAUGUAGACAUUCAAUAGACCAGGUAGAGCAAGGCAUCAUAAUGCUAUCUGAAUGGGAAAAAAACCUUGUUUUUCUUGUUUUUUAAAAAUGAAAUCAUGCUUUUUUUGUGUAAUAAUUUAGGUUGGGUUUUUUUGGUUUUUUUGUUUUCUUAUUUCAGAACAACCAGGUUUAAGCAAAAUGCUGGACGCUUUUUAAAUAUUGAGACUUGAUCAAGUAAUAAAAUAACAGUUCUUUAAAAAAUAAAAAUAAUAAAAAAAAACAAACCAAAUUCCCUGAGAUCCAAUGUAUAAGUCAGGGAAUUUUUUAUUAAUAUUUUGUCAAUGUUGAUGACGUACUGUACUACCAUUUGUUUUUCCUCUCCAUUCCCUAUCACCUCAUAGAAUAUUCUUUGUUGAUCAUUGUUGUAUGUUAAUAGUGUAUAAAAUGGCUAUCUUGUAAGAGUGCUGUCCUGAUGCUAGUGUAGUGAAUUUUCCCCCUCCUCUUUCUCUCUUCCUCUUCUAGUACAUAUUGGUAGGUGUAUUGUAAUUAAGGUUAAAAAUUUAGAUGUAGUUAUUCAGAUUUAGGACCAGUAAGGAUAGAACUUUCUCUUAUUUAAGACAAAAAUGCUAAUAAUUUUGGGCAGUUUCUUCCUUUUUUCCCGUCUUUUUAUUUUAUUUUUUGCUGAUCUGAUGUGGUUUCAACUAACCAAAGGUCUCACAAUGUUAAAAAUGCUGGCAAACUCCUAAAGCAUUUUGUAGAUCCCCACCCUUGACUUUAAAAAGGGGGUGUGCCAUACUACCUUAAAUGCUAAUGCUAGAUAUGCAAAACUGGAUUUUUUUAAUUUAUUUUUUAAAAGAGGGAGGCAUGGUAUAUUAAAAUGAUUUUACUAAGAGAAAAAAAUAUUUUUUUAAGAAUGCUCAGAAGAAAUUGAUAAUCUGUGUGAAUAUGUUUUAGAUGUUUAUAUACCUUUUGAAAAGUCCCAGUGGCCCAUAGCACAAAUAUUGUGGAACCUGAUAUGUUUUUGAUGUGGCUACCUAGACUAAGGUUCACUUUAGUCCCCCACUCAUUUAGAAGUCCAUUUCGAAGGAUUUUCUUUGUAAAUUAUUUUAGCACAAAGGUUCAGCUACAUCUUUAUUUUAGUCAAGCACAGUGGCGAAUGCACUGAUACAACUGAUCUUGCCCAUUUAGAACUGUUACCCUGGGAGUUAUCAGAGAGAGACUCCUGCCUGGUUGUGCAAAUGGGCAACAAAAAAUAGCUCCUACUCCCCCAUGAAGUCCACUAUUAACAUAGAGACGGGUUUUCCUGUCCCUGUCCAGAUUGGGAUACGCCCUACCCAUUUCUGGUAGACCUGCAGUAUGAUACAAAGUGCUGAUACGGUGGGACAACUUUUGUUACUAAACACAAUGUAAAUUUUGGAGGGAUUGCAGUAUCGAGGGUAACUACCCUCCUCCCCCCACCCCAAAAAAUAAUAAUCAUUUGUGAUUGACUUGAUUAAAAUGAAGACUAAUCUAUUUGUCCUUUUUGUUUUCUAUACUUCAUAAUGUUCAUUUUAAUUUGAAUUUGUAGCUUGGACUUUAAGGUAGCAUGGCUCUGUUGCUGUAAUUUUUUUCUUCAUUGUACAGCAGUAUACAGCUGGUGAAUGUUACACAUCUUGCUAGAUUAGUUUAAAUCAUUGGGUAAUUAUGGGUAAUAAUGACCUGAAAGGUGUUCGGAUUUUUUUCUUCCCCCUGCUAUAAAACCUGUAAUGCUAUUUUGACCUUUAGUGUGAAUGAGGGCUAGUGACUUCAGC